UCAUAUCCAAUGGUCCAAUGGUUCCAAUUAGACAUUGGACGUCCAAGAUCCAAUAAUUUAGAUCGGACAUUGGACGUUCAAGAUCUAAUAACAAAUAUUGCUAAUGUCAAAAAUCACGAUUAG